CCAGUACUAGCCUGCUUGUGAGGCCGGUCAUCAUUUGGUAGGCGCUGAGGUGCCCCUUUGAUGCGGCAACUUAUGCUACCCGGUUUGUCGAUUCGGUUGCCAUCUUGUAGGCGCAUGAAGGAUAAGGUUUUUGUCGGAAACCGGUGAAUGGGAGAUACUCGUCUUGCAAUAGAGUCAGAUGUAACAUACAAUAACUUAACUUGUACGCUUUGGUUUAAAAAAUUAUAGAAUCCCUGAAGUCUUCUAAUAUUCGCAUAAUGAAACGCUUAAUAAUUCUAAGGCUGUCACGACAUUUUGCUGCAUUGUGCAGCCAAUGAGAUGGCUCUUACAAACGAACACACCUAUGUUUAAAUAUGUCGAUUUCAUCAAGAUGAGGUUACAAUCGUUGGUCUUGAUUGUCUUCUAUUUUUUGUGGGAUUUACGUACGGCUUUAUGCGUCGCAACAACAAAUAAAACUACGGAUUUUCAACAAGAGUAUAGACCUGAGGGUCCUUUGGUACUGUGCAAGUUUCUCCCGAAAGAAUUCAUAGAAUGCGAAGAGCCAAUUGAUUACAAAGGUAACAAGACUGCCAAAGACGAAACUGGAUAUGGUUGCGUAAAGUUUGGAGGUUCCUGGUAUGACAAAGUUGAAAAGACUAAAGUUUCUUGCACAGUGUUACCGGAUAUCGAGUGCUUUGGGCCGAGGACAUUUGAUCGUAAAGGAGUUCCUUGCAUAAAAUACAGCGAUCAUUAUUUUGCUACUACUUUACUAUAUAGUAUACUAUUAGGUUUCCUAGGUAUGGAUCGGUUUUGUUUAGGACAAACUGGUACUGCCGUAGGCAAACUGUUAACAUUGGGUGGAUUGGGAGGUUGGUGGGUAGUAGAUGUAAUUUUGCUGGUAACAGAUUCUCUACAACCUGAAGAUGGUAGCAAUUGGAAUCCUUAUGUGUAGGAUGCCA